UUAUACGUGAUAAUGGUAGCCGGGUGUGUUAUACUUAUAAACGGCUGCCGGUCGGGUACCGGGUGGAGUUAUUCGGGUCCGGUUUGGGUUCGGGUACGGAGUUGUCGGGUCGGUUCGGACUUGGGUACGGAAAAAAAGCUCCGGUUCGGUUUCGGGUGGAAAAAAGUGCAUCCGUGCAGCACUCUAAUUUCAACAAACAUCUUUUUGUAUUAUGUUUAUUUUUAUUAAUCUAUUAAAAAUUUAAUUUGAUUACGAAUAUGAAAUAAACAAAUAAGUUUAUUACAUUUUUCUUUAGAUCUACAAUAACAACGAAAAAUUCAAUUCCAAAUCUAUAUUCUUCAACAAAUACAAAUGAUUCUAUUGCUUCAUCUAAUUGUUCAAUUGAUCAAAGAAAACAAAAUGAAAUUUAUCAAUCAAAUGAUGAAAUAACUAAAUUACAACAACAAAAUUUUCAUCGUUUACUUUCAAAUGUUGAAUCAACAUAUUCUUCAAAUAAUAAUUAUUUAUCUGAAUAUGCAAUUGAUGAUAAUAAUCAAAUAAGUAAUCAUUCUAAUACACAACAAUCUAUUUUAAAUCAACGUAAACAAGUAUUACUCAAAGCUAUUCAAAGUAUUGAUAAACAAAUAGAAGAACUUAAUAUACAUAAUGAUGAAUAA